AUGAACAAGAACCAUAUUCCUCAACUACCGCCAAAUUUGAGUCCCAAGAGGCAACUUGACAUUAAUCGUCUGUUCAACACUAUCCUUCGGUUCCGGUUUUAUUACCAGCCUGUUUCACUCCCGCCCUUACGCUUUUAUUUUAUUUAUCCAUCUCGUAAGCACAACACAAGUGCCCAAAGCCGCCCGAGGCACAGCCCUGUUGGUACAGGCUCCCUUCGGAGACACCAGGGCCAUCGUGGCACAGAGCCCACCCGCGCCGGCCACGGGCACCUCCUGCCUUUGUUCCUCAAGGGCGCUCGGCGGCUGCCGGCACACGGCAGCGGCUCGCACAGCGCUGCCGGGAGCGGUCCGCACCGCGACUUCAUUCGCCAGCACACCGCGCCGCUCGGAGCCGCGGCAGCUACCGGGGCCGCUUUCGGAGCCUCCGUUUUGCCACCUAGAGCUCCCCGCCGCGCCCCCGGCGCACCGCUCACCUGCGUGCCGGGCCCGGCGGUGCGAGGGCCCGGCGGAGCUCCGAGGGGCCGGCGCUGUGUGAGCCGGGCUGGCGGGGCCGAGAGGGACUGUGAGGGGCGGUGGGCCCCGCCCGCCCACGCGCAGCCGCUCCUCGAACCCGCCAAUCGCCGCCGCGCGCGCCCGGCCCCAGGGGCGCGGCCGCCAACGGCCGGAGCGGCCGCAUCGUUCGCACGGACCAAUGCCUGUUCUGAAGAUAACAAAAACAUAAAAGCAGCAGCCAAUUAUGAAACUCCUCUACAGCCUGAAGAAUUCUCCAGUCAUCAAAGAGGCACAACUGGAGCUCCAAUUGAAAUGCCUGGAAGUGAAGCUUCCUUUAAGAAGGAAUUACCUGUUGGUAGUUCCAGUAAACCAGAUAGCAAAGAACAUAUAACUACCUCCAAGAUGUCCAAUGUCCUCCUGCGUCAUUUUUCUAGGGGAGAAUUACUAAGCACAUGCCACUUAAUUGAACGUGAAACAAUACCAGAGAUGUCCUUUACUGAAAGUAUCGAUGACACUGGGAGCAAACCUGAGCCUUCAGAACACAUCAAAGGCCCUCUAGUGCAUGAACAAUGGGCAAUGAGCUCCGAGGAGCAUCCAUUAGAAAACCACGAAGAAGUAAAGGCUCGUGACAAAAAUGGAAACCCGUUAAAUGAAAAUAGAUCUGUUUCAAAAAAACAUGUUUUUUCUUCUGGUCAGUGUGGGUGCCGACAAGAAUAUUCACAACUGAUUAAUGAGACUGGAAGUACACAGAGCUUUCAAAACAUGAAAGAUGAGAGAGCCCUGUUUAAGAAAACAGUUUCACCUUGUGAGCUCAAAUAUGGCCAAGGGCAAGCUCACUAUUGCCUUCCUAACUUCUCUGAAGUUGCAGUACUGAAAAAACUUGACAAUAUCACCUCAGUUCCUUCAACUGAGAGAGUAAAACCCUUUCCUAUUUUGCUAAAUAAAUCAUUAACUGUGAACAACAUUUUGGAAAAUAAGAAUUACUUCAAUUCUGCUGAAGUAGACAAUCAAGAAGAAAGGAGUAUUUCAGAACUGCUGCAACAGCUUCAGGUACUUCCUCAGUCAGACUUCGCAAAUGCUAUUUCCUCAGGACACACUAGGACACCACCUGAUGUCAUCAUGUUACAUGCUCCUGUCCCUGUGCAACCUACACAUGGUUUGCUUAAAGCAAGACUGCAGCCUGGAACAGCACUACCAGCAGCUGGGACAGUAGAAGCACAGUGUCUAAAUCCUUCUGAUUCACUGCCAGAACUAACACUAGGAGAAAAGAUGUCUCAAAUACUAAAGGAUCAGACAGAGCAACUGACUAAGAAAGUGGAAGACUUCUCUAAGCAUAUGAUCCAGGAAACACACUUUUUGCAAGACAAAUAUCUGGCAUUAAAUCAACUGAAAAGAUACCUUGAUGCCUUGGAAAGAAAUUAUUUAAAAGCUAGAGAAGAGCACCACAACUUACAGCUGCAGAACUACAAGGACAAGCCUAUCAACCUUGGAGAGUUUGAUCCUGAGAGAAGGGUGGAAGGAGAGAUAUUCAGACUUGGCACGCUGCUUGAAGACGUUCAAGAACGAAUCGAUGGCAGCAAAGGUGGCCUUUCAUCGUUACUGACUUCCUAUCAAUCUGCCCAGUCUUUCUGUGAGAGCUCAGCAGUUUCAAGCACUGCUGAUUUUCCACAAAGAAGAGGUACUGAAACUCCAUUUUUUCACAAGAACUAUGAUGGAGAAAGAAAUCAGACAACUGAUGUAAUCCCACCAACAAAUCAACUUUCUUUAGAAGGCAAAAAAUGCAAUCUUUGUCUUCACAUAAAUACAGACAUCCCGGAAAGAAAAACUGGAACAUCUCCACUCUUCAUACAGAGAAAACCAACUGAUUUAUCAGAUACCAACCUGAGCAGCAAUUCAGAAGACUUCUCAGCCUGUGAUUCUUAUAAUGAUUCACAAAGCAAGGACCUUGUCAACUGUGACACUCUAAGUUACAAAUCAUUAAAUACAAGAUUAUGUGGAGAGAGAAAAGGACUUAGAUGUAAAUGCCCCAGGGGAAGCAGAGAUCAAGUAAAACUCAGGAAUUACAAAGAGUCUGUUCAGUCUUGUACCUUAUGUAGAAAAAGCAGCUCUGGUUCAUCCUCUUAUUCAAAAAAGAGAAUCUCCACCCAGAAGACUCAAAAAACCAAGCAGCCAGGUGAAGCUGUAACCAGACUUCGUGAAAGGAAAUCCUUUGAGGCUGCCAAAACCUGCUGUUCAAGCACAUAUGAUAAAAUUAUCCUUUCACAUCAAUACCUACCCAGUAAGAAAUCUGUCCAAAGAAAAUCUGCAAUCAACAUCAGAAACACCAAUGAUUCCUAUGUAAAUGUUUUAACUUCUACUCUGGAUCAUGCCAUAGAGACAGCAAACAGUUUGAAGAAAGCUACAGAGCGAAUGGUACAAGCAGUUUCAGAAGAUCUAGCUAAAGUUAAAAGAAAACCAUUUUAA